AUGAAGAAACAGGGGUGUGAGGUUGAGGGAAUAGACAUCAACUACAUGAUCCGUACAAAGGCAACAGACCAACCUUCUAUAAUCAUCAGCAGCACUCCACAAUUGAUUAGGGAAGAAGAUGGUCAUGUAGCACAAGAUGAAGCAAAAACUGAAGAAAGAUCAUGCAGUGGAGUUAGGCAUGUCCUCAAGAAUGUGAAUUGCAUAGCAAAGCCAAGGGAAAUUCUGGCAAUUGUUGGGCCAAGUGGGGCUGGAAAAUCAUCCCUUCUUAAGAUCCUAGCUGGUAAAGCUAGUUCACAAAGUGGGUGUAUCUUGGUGAAUCAAGAACCUGUGGAUAAAGCUCAGUUCAAAAAAAAUUCAGGAUAUGUUACACAAAAGGAUACUUUGUUUCCCUUACUUACGGUUGAAGAAACCAUAAUGUUUAGUGCAAAGCUAAGGUUGUGUCUUCCUCAAGAACAACUAUGCUCCAGGGUCAAGUCACUGAUUCUAGAGCUUGGUGUUAGCCAUAUUGCUAGGACUAGAAUUGGAGAUGACAGGGUCCGUGGCAUAUCUGAUGGUGAGAGGCGCCGAGUUUCCAUUGGUGUUGAAAUCAUACAUGAUCCAAAAGUGUUGAUUUUGGAUGAACCAACUUCAGGGCUUGACAGUACAUCAGCUUUGCAAAUAAUUGAUAUGCUUAAACUCAUGGCAGAAUCUAGGGGACAAACUAUAAUCCUAAGUAUCCACCAACCCGAGUACAGAAUAGUUAAGUUGUUCAAUACAAUACUGUUAUUGUCUAAUGGUAUUGUGUUGCACCAUGGCACUAUGGAUUUGCUGGGUGUAAAUCUAAGGCUAGUGGGUUUAGAGCUUCCUCUUCAUGUUAGUGUGGUUGAGUUUGCCAUUGAUUCCAUUGAGACCAUUCAGCAACAACAAAAAUGUCAGCAGUUUAUGUUGGUGUUUGAAAAGUCAAAAAAAGGUGGCAAGUGGUUGGAGACAAGAAAAUACAUAAAGCCUUAA